AUGCGGAACCUUUUCGGCUCAUCAAGUUUAGUAAAAAGAGUUUUCCAAUUCACGACGAAUUUUAAUAAAAUCAUUUUUUUCGAGUACUGUCGUUUAAAAUCCCUAAAACGUUUAAAUAAAUUUAUAACAAUACGUCUUGGUAAUCGGCCAAUCAAAGACGAAUAUUUUUCUUUUGUUAAAAGACUCGAUGAUCGACCAAUUAGAAACGGACUCAAUGAUCUACCAAUCAGGACCAAUCAGAGACGGGUAAUUAAUUUUUUUGUUAAAGGACCGACCAAUCAGAGACCGAAAGGUGAUCGACCAAUCAGAGACUAG